AUGCUGAGGUGUUUGGUGCUCUUAGGGUGCCUCUUGGUCCUAUUACUCAGGACAGCUGACCAUACUCUGUGCAAAUUUGGUGGCAUCAUCGAUGACCACGAGGAAGGUCCAGCCAUAGCUGUUAUCCUCCAGGUAUCUUGGAGAGCUCCAUUGAAUUCUCCCAAUCCCUAUGUCAGCAUCAGCAUCAAUAAUCACAAGGAACUUGCAGGAACCAAGCAUAAGCCGAGCAGCCUCACUAUUACCAUCCGUCUGAGACAGCUUGUCAAUCCAGAUGCAUCGCUCGACUGGGAUCUUGCCAAGCUGAAGCUUGGCGCUGUAGGCGGCUUUGGGGAUGACAGACAGGGCCGACUGGGACUUCUCCCCAGUCCAAGCUAG